CUCUCGUACCAUAUAUAUAAACUGCCCGGCUCUCUUCUCUCCUCUUCUUUCCAGAUUUUUCUCCGUUUUUAAUUUUAGCAACUAACCUUUUUUCAUCGAUUUCCUUGUUUCUCGUUUCGCCAUUGACCAAGUUACUCGAAUAGGAAAAGUGAAAAAAAUUAGGGUUUUUCUCGGUGAUGAUUGAUAUAUUAUAUACGAUUAUCAUCAGGUGCGAUUACAAUCGAGUGUGAAUCGUUUUGAAUGUAGAGAGAUAUUGUGCUAUCGAUCAUGAUAUUUUUUUUUUGGUGUGAUGAUGUUGUGGUUUAGAUUCUGAGUGUGAUGAUGAAGAAGCUUUUGUGUGUAUUUUUGAUGAUUUGAUUUUGAUUAGAAAAAAGAAAAAAAAAGUGAGUAAUUGUGAGGAGGAUAUGACUGAUAUUGAUCCUGUGCAUCAAAAACCUGAUUCUAUGGACGGUUACGAGGAAUUCAUCGACGAAGAUUGCAUCUCAUUUGAGUCUUGCAGCACUGUUCACAACCCUGACAAUGAUCCCCAUGAUCAAGAAGACGAACAUCCUCUAAGGAGGAGAAGAAGGUCUGACCUCCUCCAUCAAGGAGGUGGUGAAGUAGCUGAGUCCUCUGCCGCCAGACAGUCCAGGAUCCUAAGCCGCUGGGCUGCCAGGCAGGCUCAGGAGAUGAUCACCACCAUCGAGAGGAGGAACCGCGAGUCUGAGCUCAUCGCCAUCGCUGGCUUGCACGCCGUCUCUACGCUAGACUCGUCUUUCCUCAGGGAGGAGGUGCGGGAUCCUCCUCCUGCCGCCUCUUCCAGGCGCCAGGCGGCGGCUGAGAGGCCGAGGCCGAGGACUCAGGCGUCUGGGAUUCUACAGAUGUGGAGGGAGUUGGAGGAUGAGCAUGUGAUUAACAGGGCGGCGGCGCGUGAGAGGAUGAGGUUGAGUGGGAGCAAUAAUGAGAGGGGGUCGAGUGAGAGUGAGAAUGGUUAUGGUUCUACUACUUCUAGUAGGGAGCAGUCUCCGGAUCUGGGCGAUGUGGAGAGUGAGAGGGUGAGGCAUAUUAUACGUGGAUGGAGGGAUGGUGGAGUCAGUAGUGAUAAUAAUUCAUCUAACGUGGUGAGACAGAGAGACGAGAGAGGAGAAUGGCUUGGUGAUACUGAGAGAGAGAGAGUCAGGAUUAUCAGGGAGUGGAUGCAGAUGACAAGUCAGCAGAGAGGAGGAGGAGGAGGAGGAGGUCGUGCGAGUCGUAGAGAAGAUCAGCAACAGCAACGGUCUCUUGGUUCGCAAGAUGAAGGGGCUCAUGAGAGGGGACAAGGUCAGAGUGAGGAAGGGAGACGGGAGCAUAGUCGUAGAGACUUGAGGAGGUUACGAGGAAGGCAGGCGUUGGUUGAUUUGCUCAUGAGGAUUGAACGAGAGCGACAGAGAGAGCUUCAGGGUUUGUUGGAGCAUCGUGCAGUCUCUGAUUUUGCUCAUCGCAACCGGAUUCAGUCGCUUCUUAGAGGGAGAUUCUUGAGGAGUGAGACACCUGCAGAGGAAGUUAGAGCUCCAUCAAUGGCAGCAAGUGAAAUUCGCCAGCUAAGAGAAAGACAGACAGUUUCUGGUUUGCGGGAAGGAGUUCGUGACAGGCUAGAAAGCAACACUAAUGCCGAUAACAUCAACACUUCCACGAGUAACCAAACAACAGCUAAUAAUUCUGAUCUAAAUGAAAGUUUAAAUUCUUCUAGACAGGGGAACGGUACCCCUCUCUUACCUAACGAUUUGGGAAGCUCGGAAAGUAACCAAUCAGAUACAAAUUGGGAAGAAGAUACCAGUCAAGAAAGGGCUUGGCCUGCUGAAGUUUUCGCAACAGACGAGAGGCGAAAUUUGCUGCAAGCAACGUUAAGCCAGUUCAGUGAAAGAGAUGAUAACGGAAACAGAGGUAUAAACGGGCCAGAAACCACAGUUGGUGACCUGCACCAAGACGGAGCUGGAAACUCAAAUGAACCUGUUAUGGUAGAAGGUCAGAGUGUAUGGCCUGCAGAUAACUCCAGACAAUCUGAUGGGAAUCAGCCUCAGACACGGUUUGGAGGCCCAAGGACUCGCCGUGUAGUACCAAUGAGGAGAUUAAACAGGCUGCAUAUACCUGAUGAUGAUAAUCUUAACAACAGCAUUGAACUCAGGGAGCUACUGAGCAGGAGAAGUGUUUCUAACCUUCUACGCAGUGGCUUCCGUGAAAAUCUGGACCAACUGAUACAGUCAUAUGUUGAGAGGAGAGGAGGAGGACUUGCUCACAUUGACUGGGAUUUUCAACCAGAAACAUUGGAUUCCCAAGAACAUCGUAGAGAGCAACAAGGGUUUCUACAGGACGAGGAUCAGCUUGAUGUCGGCAUCAAUCAAUCACAAACGCUGCCAGCUCCACCAAUGCCUCCACCACAGCCAAUUUGGCAUCACACUAGCUACCCUCGUUCUUUGCAUAGAUCUGAAUUUGAAUGGGAGAUAAUGAACGACUUGAGAGGAGACAUGGCGAGGCUUCAGCAAGGAAUGAGUCAUAUGCAGAGGACUUUGGAAACAUGUAUGGAUAUGCAGUCUGAGCUGCAGCGUUUGGUUAGACAAGAGGUCUCUGCAGCUUUAAACCAAUCUCCCAGUGACAAAGGUCUUGGACCAGGAACAUCCGAAGAUGGGUCAAGAUGGGCUCAUGUAAGGAACGGGACUUGCUGUGUCUGCUGCGAUGCCGACAUAGAUGCCCUCUUGUACAGAUGCGGGCACAUGUGCACUUGCUCAAAGUGCGGUUACGAGCUGGUUCGAACCGGAGGGAAAUGCCCCUUGUGUAGAGCGCCAAUCCUUGAGGUUAUACGAGCCUAUUCUAUCGCAUAAACCCCUGUGAGAUUGGAGAACAAGAGAAUGAGAUUUUUAUUGAUGUCUGAGCAAGAACAGAUUUGUUUCAGCGAUGUAAACUCUCUGAAAGGGAUCAAACCAAGAGCAGACACAUAUUUAUUCUGACAUCAAAUUGUUUUUUUCUUCCAGUUGUUGAGUGUCAUCAUGUACCUCUGUUUAAAAAGAUAACUAAUUGAGUGAUACUUCACAAAGAUGAUGGGAUGAAAAUGAAAUAAUCAUAUUUGUGCAUACACCAUUUGAUAAAUAUAAUAACUAAUAUUUGUAUGUU